CGGUUUGUCGUCGCUCAGUGGAACGCACCCAUAAUUUAUCUGCGAAUUCUGUUGUGUUUUUUGUUGACAACAGUUGACAAAUAAUUUUUUGGGCAGUGAUUCUAUGUCUUAAAAUUCGUAAAUAAUCAUAAAAAAACGUGAUGAAUAUUCUUCCCAAGAAAAGAUGGCAUGUAAGGACGAAAGAAAAUAUUGCGAGGGUUAGAAAAGACGAAGCUGAAGCAGCUGAUAAAGAAAGGCAAGAAAAAUUAAGAAUCGAAAAUGCAAACCGCGAAGCUCGUCUUAAUGUACUAAAACUAAAAAGCAAAGAAAAGCUAUUAGAUCUUGAUAUUCAACGGCAAAAAGUUGUAGAGGGGCCUUCAGCACACGAACAUAUAAACUUAUUUGCAGAUCUUGAACAUGCUACUCAAACAACGAACAAAGAACACGAUAAAGAAAUCAAGGAAAAAGCUGAAGAGUAUGAAAAGAAAAUUGGGUACUUAACAUAUUUAGGUCAAGAUACAAAUGAAGCUUUAGGGAAAAAAAGUUGGUAUACUGUACCGCCGGACUUGACAAGGUUUUCGCGGUCUGGUGAAAUAAAGGAUACAUAUGAAAAACUUAUUUUAAGAGACAAAGAUGGUAAACCUAGGGACAAAGUUGUAGAUGAAAAAGAUGGAGAAAUUGGAUGGAAAGCAAAGCAACGCUUAGAUCCUAUGAAUUUAUUCAAACAAUACUGUUCAGAUAAACCUACAAGUAGCAGUUCUGAAAGUAAGGAUAAAGCAAAAAUUUCACAAAAUAAUGAAAAGAAAAAAGAUAUUAAGUCAAAGCAUAAAUAUAACAACCCAAAUGAUGCAAAGUUAAAACUGCAAAAACUUAGAGAAGCACGGUUAAGACGUGAAGAAAAAGAAAAGUACAAAACAAAGAUGUUCUUAUCUCAACUCAAUGGUACCCCUGUAGAAAACCAAAAGAACGAUGAACAGCCAAAAGUGAAAGCAAAAUAUAAUUCACAAUUCAAUCCAGAACUUGCUAGACAGAAUUAUAGAUAAUCUAGGUUUAACAGAUCUUGCUUUAGUGAGUCAUUAAUGAAUAUUUAGAAGUAUAUCGUAAAGAUGUGUGAAAGGGGUAAUAAAUUUUUUUACACAAAA